GAUUUUUAGGGCACAAUGUGCAAUUUUAAACACAUUUUUGUCUUAGCCUUCAGGAGUAGGUGGUUAAGGUAAUUGUAUUUGUAUUUUCCAGUCAUCUGUACAAGCAAGUGAAUUCUUGCCCACAUCAUAAAUAAAAAGUUACGGUUGCUUUUAGUUGUCUACCCCACGGACCUCCUUUGGUUGCCUCAAUAGGAUGCACUUCAUGGAAUAGAACAUGACUGGUCCAGGAAUACGCUUUGCUUUCAAAUGAGACAUGGAAAGAAACUGAGAAUAAUAGACAAGGAACCUCUCACGUAACACUUCAAGUCUGUCUUUCUUUUCAAGUAAGCAUAGGAUACAAAUAAACGUGCAUUCAAAUUUCAAACACCAUUUGUCCUAAUCAUAGGUCUGGACUUUGAGCACGUUUUAUGAAGGUGUAGAAAGUUUUUGUAAGCUAGUUCAACCAAAAAAAAACAUUUAUUUGGCAUUUUUUGCUAUACCAUGUGAUAGGUUUGUAGAAUAAAGAAACUAGUAUAGAAAAAAAUAAAUACCGGUUAGGCAAUAUUUUUACUAAUUAUAAAGCCAACCAGGCAGGGCCAAUUCAGGUCGCCUGUCUACAGGCUUGCAGACUACUGUGUUGCGAUGCACCUGUUUUGUUGGGGUAUGCUGAUCGACGCAGAGGUGCCGCCCCCAUGCACUUGUUCUUUCAUUCUAAUUGGUCCGACAGGGUGUGUAUGCUAAUUCUCAGCGACCGCUGCACCUGACUCUCCACUCCACGGAAGAAUGCAAGGCAAAAGACAGCCUCCAAGUAACAGCUAUUUAUUCAACAGGUCAUCCUACUCAACGAGCACUCACUUGUUACAUUAUUGCGGCGCUGCAGACUCAUCAAUAACAGAGCUAUAUGAUAAAGAUGCCACGGUCUUUUCUGGUGAAGAAACAUCUCACUAAUAAGAAGCCAAACUAUGGAAUUCUGGAUUCAAAAUCAGACGCUCUCCACACCAGCCUGGUCUAUCUUGAGGUCCCCUUUUACAUCCCCAGCACUCCUCAGCCCCUGGAGGGUUGGCUGCCAGGGCCAAGUCUCAUCCCCACACCAGCCUCCAUGCACUCUCCCAAGGUAGACAGGCUGCCUUCAAGGGACACCAGCUUGUCCCUGCAUAGCUCAACACAGGAAAUCACCUACCCCCUGUCAGUGUCUCACAACAAUCCGCUAAGAGACUCACAGUCCGGAUUUAAGUCCCUGGGAACCAUGGAACCCCAGACCUUCCUGCUCUCACAGGACUUCAGACACCCGGAGGAGAGGGGCAGCAUGCCUAAUCCCCUCCUGGGCCUUGUUCACUCUAGUAUUAGUCAGGAGCGCUUUGAAUGCUUUGACUGCCACAAAGCCUACUUCACCUUCUCUGGGCUGGCCAAGCACAGGCAGUUGCACUGUGAGUGGCAGUGUCACAAGUACUUCUGCUGCAGGUACUGUGACAAGGAGUACGUGAGUCUGGGAGCUCUGAAGAUGCACAUCCGAACACACACACUGCCCUGCGUCUGCAAGCUCUGUGGCAAGGCCUUCUCCAGGCCUUGGCUGCUCCAGGGACACAUUCGCACACAUACAGGUGAGAAGCCCUUCUCCUGCCCACACUGCAGCCGGGCGUUUGCUGACCGCUCCAACCUCCGAGCACACCUACAGACACACUCUGACAUCAAGAAAUACCAGUGCAAGAGUUGCUCCAAAACCUUCUCCAGGAUAUCUCUGCUCUGCAAGCAUGAAGAGGCUGGCUGCUCCCCACUCUCCUGAUUCCGUUUACUGCCAGUGCUGCCCACUCUGUGCCUAUUGCCUACUUGCCUAGACUAAUAUCUGGUUCUACUAACAUCAGACUUCCCUCACAAAGCACUGGAGAUAGACUACAAUUAGUGACACGGAGCUCUGACUACUGUAUGUUUUUGUUCUCUGACAUUUCAAGCUCAUGAAAUAAGCACAAUGGACUGUGUCCAAAGACAUUCUUACAUCAUAUAUUUGACAUAUGAAGUAGUUGUAUGACAUCAAGACAAAUAGAGAAAAGUUGUUAUCGCAUGCUGCCAAAAAUACUUGAAAUUUAAAGCCUUGACGUUUUUGAUUGUGUUAUUGAUGAUUACCUGUGCCUUUUGAGGAAAUGUAUAGCUGGAGUAUACAAUUUUGUAUGAACUUUGUUUAAAGACAAUAAAUACCUAUUUUUGUACAA